AGGCUUUAGCUUCCGGGGUCCAUCACUUGGACCUCAGCCUGUGACAGAGGCAUCGCUGCGAUAACACAGAGCCGCUUAAUGGUUAGCCCAAGAUCCACACACACACACACACACACACACACACACAGGGAAGCAGAGGGAUUAUAAAGGCACAAGGACCCAUAUGCUGCCCGGGGAUGGAGGCGAGAAAGCUAAAUGCGAGAGGAACUCGAGGUGGUAAUGACCAAGGGACUGGCGCUGAUGACGGAGCCCCAGCAGCACCAAGUCGUCCUCUCACUACCGCAGCUCGUCUCUACGUGUAUGCACUGCAUGGCUGCCUCUGUGAGGUGGCCUUCACUGCCGUGUGUGACUGGUGCAGCACCCAGGACAGUAGGCUGGCGGGCCACAGCAGCCUGUGGGCGCUGCCCAUGUACGCCAUCGCCAUCUACCUCAUUGAGGUCCUGAGAGCCCGGCUGCUGGCUCGCCGUCUACCACUACCAGCGCGUCUGGCGGCCUACACCAUGUUCAUCUACCUGUGGGAGUUCAGCUGGGGGGCGGGGCUGAGUUUGCUGGGGGCCUGUCCCUGGGACUACUCAGGUUACAGCUACAACCUGGGAGGACUGGUAACUCUGGAGUACGCUCUGCCCUGGACGGUGGCAGCAUUCAUAGCUGAGCAGCAUGUGAUCGGGAACACUCUGAGGAUAAGACUGCACAACUGAAUGGAUACCAGUCUGGAAAACUGCGCUUCCAAAAGCAACUACAAAGCAUUUAUGGACAUUGUUUUUGACAUAUUGAUUUUUAAAAAGGUUUAAAAAGCAUGUUGCACAUCCCUGAGUUGUGCCAAUAAAUCUAACAAUGUUUUAAUUUC